GGCUAGGCAGUGGAGCGCCGCACAGCGCGCCUUGCCGCCUCCCAGCCGCCGCCCAGGCAGUUCCCGGCCAGCGCCAGCAGGCCUGCUCGGUCGAUCUUCGAGCCGAAGAUGCGGCGGGGUUGGAAGAUGGCUCUGUCUGGGGGGCUGAGGUGCUGCCGCCGGGUACUGUCCUGGGUGCCAGUGCUCGUUAUUGUCCUCGUCGUUCUCUGGUCCUACUAUGCCUACGUCUUUGAACUCUGCCUGGUGACUGUUUUGAGCCCAGCAGAAAAAGUUAUCUACCUCAUACUCUACCAUGCCAUUUUUGUGUUCUUUGCAUGGACCUACUGGAAGUCUAUCUUUACACUCCCACAGCAGCCAAACCAGAAGUUCCACUUGUCCUAUACUGAUAAGGAGCGCUAUGAAAAUGAAGAGAGACCUGAGGUCCAGAAGCAAAUGCUUGUGGAUAUGGCCAAGAAGCUACCAGUCUACACAAGAACCGGGAGUGGAGCUGUACGGUUCUGUGACCGGUGCCAUCUAAUCAAGCCAGACCGCUGCCAUCACUGUUCUGUCUGUGCUAUGUGUGUUUUAAAAAUGGACCAUCAUUGCCCAUGGGUUAAUAACUGCAUUGGAUUUUCCAACUACAAAUUCUUCCUUCAGUUCUUAGCUUAUUCUGUUCUCUAUUGCCUGUACAUUGCUACAACGGUCUUCAGCUACUUCAUCAAAUACUGGAGAGGGGAAUUGCCCAGUGUUCGCUCUAAGUUCCAUGUCCUCUUUCUCCUCUUUGUGGCCUGCAUGUUUUUUGUCAGCCUUGUGAUUCUCUUUGGUUACCAUUGUUGGCUUGUCAGCAGAAACAAAACUACCUUAGAGGCCUUUUGCACUCCAGUAUUUACAAGUGGACCAGAGAAAAACGGGUUUAACCUUGGCUUCAUCAAGAAUAUCCAGCAGGUGUUUGGCGAUAAUAAGAAGUUCUGGUUAAUACCUAUUGGGUCCAGCCCUGGUGAUGGACAUUUCUUCCCUAUGAGGUCUAUGAGUGAAUCACAGAACCCACUGCUGGCAAAUGAAGAACCCUGGGAAGACAACGAGGAUGACAAUCGAGAUUAUCCAGAAGGCUCAUCAAUACUUGCUGUGGAGACAGAAACGUAGCAGUUUCCAUGUUUUCUGCAUCUCCAAUAGGAACCACCAUCUCCCAUGAGGCUUACAGACUUCAAUGUUGAGAACCACUCUAAUCCUCAAAAUAAGUCACCAUGUUGGAUAGAAAGCUUCACAGUUUGGGUGUUCCAUCAAAUACAUGCUGUGCAGAUGUUUCAGGACUUUGCAAAUUGACUUUGCUGACUGAACUCAUUUUGUAAACAAUUGCUUCAAGCCAGUUUUUCUUUCUUACCCUUCCCCAAUCCAUGAAAGCCUAAGUGUAAAAUAUAUAUCUUUAUAUGCAACUAGUUGGGUAAAAAGGAAUUCAGAAGAUUACCAUGGAGUCUAAUUCCCCCAUGAACGGCUAUUAAUCAUGUCUCUCUGCAGGGUCUUUCUGGUAUUGAGGGGAGUCAGCAUGUGUUUGCAGCUUAUGUUCAUGGGCAUAUAUAAACAUGUGUAUGUGCAACAGAGUUCUGCCAAAAAUCAAGGUUUAAAAACUGAGGAUUGUAUUUAAUCAUGCUCUUCACCUAAAUACCAAUUUAAAUAUUUGAUGAACUCUGAACAAACGCUAUAUAUCACAUGUCUGAAAUUUAAGAAUGAGAUUAAGUAGACUGUGACCAAGGUCCUGUUGAGAAUUGAGCAACAAUGCAAACUCUGUCCUGUCACAGAAAUUUCUGAAAGCUAAUAGGUCAGACCAUAUCAGACUUCCAUUUCAGUAAGCAUAACAUUAGCAUUUUAAGGCAGAGCAUGAUGGAGCAUGCCUGUCAUCCCAGCAUUUGGGAAGCAGGGGAAGGGAUUACUGCAAAGUCAUGACCAGCCUGGUUGUUCUACAUUGUGAGUUCCAGGCAACUUGGGUUACAUAAGGAAACCCUAUCUUGAAAACAAACAAACAAAAAGGGGAAAUACUUUCUUUAAAACUUUCAAUGCCAGGCUAUGGUCAAAAUUCUGUUAUUCAUUUCUCUGCUAUAUAGCUUUAUUUUAGCCUUUGUAAAUUACUUUUAUAAUAGUAGAAAUACUAUAAGCCUAAGUUAUAGACCAUCCAUUUUAUAAAAAGGAUUUAAGGUGAUUUUCAGUAUAAUUAAAAUUCUGUUGAAGAAGGUAAAGUUCCAAAUAUGACACUAGCCUGAGGAUUAGCUAAAGGUCUAUGUUUUCACAGCAGGAGUUAAUGUACAGAGUUAACUGAACAGUGAUAUUCCAGUCCUCUCUUUUAAGCUUCGGUGGCAGCUCAGCCAUUAAGAGAGUUUACAUCCAUUUCCCCACUUAUUUAUAACCAGCCUUCCUUUCAGUCCUAGUGCCUGGAUCAAUGAGAUGGACACUAAUGCUGCUUCUUUAUAAUAAUAGUACCUAAGAGUAUUGAUGUUUUUCAUUUUUCAACCAGCACUCUAAUGCACAGCUGCUGACAAUAAAAGCCCCAACUCUUAACAGAGAUCAGUGGGAGUUACAGGCAGCUCACAGUUAUCAAGGAAUUGAACUCCUUAAGAGACAGUUGGGUUUACUAAAUUAUUCUCUCUAAAAUGUCUCUGGGUGAAAAAGAGUUGCCUAUCACAAACAAAUCUGUAUUGGGGUGCCAGUGCAACUGAGAAGGAAAACAAUUCAGCUAUUUAAAGCAACAACCAAAUGGGUCCAUUUGGACUCCCUAGGUCAUUUUAGCCAAGGUGAGACAUUUAGCAUCAAAUAAAUAGAUUGCAGUCUGCAUUUUAUUUGAGAGAAUCCAAAACAUAAAUAAGUCUACUAGGGCGAGGGCCUAGGGACUGCUUCUAAAAUUCACAGGCUAAGGAGAGACCUAGAAGACUGUGUAUGAUGGAUUCAUGGUGUAAGUUAAUAGUCAUGUAGAAAGAACUU